AUGACCGUGGACACCGACACCGACGAUUGCGAUGCGACCCAAUCACCGCCGACGGGCCUGAUGCGCGAUAUAUUCCGGUCGGUUAAUAGUUUGAUGCCGGUUCCAUUCACUGGCUGCCGGAUCCACAUGCUUGCCAAGGCAGAACGGCUGGGGUGGCCGAUCACGACGGUGUUCAAGAUGGACACGGACGGCCCCAAGCCAACCGGCGUGUGGGUGUCAGCUUUAUACGAAAUGGCGGAGUGGCAGGGCCUGACAGCGUCCGCAAUGACAGACCUGCACCCCAAGUCGGGCAGAUGGAACUUCGAGGCGAUCAGCCGGUUGGCAACCGGUAACAACUGGCUGGACGCGUCCUUGACCGGACAGGUGUGCGGGUGGAGCCACCCGGUUAAGUUACACGUCAACAUAGACUAUUGGUUUCCGACCAGGACGCUAUCCUUGUCCAUCGACCCGAUGUUCAAGAACUGUGCCUUCCAAGUCCUGCAAUCAGUAACGGAUCGGCUGUCGCUGGGCGUAAAUUUGGCGUUUAAAAGGGACACCACGUGCGGCUUCAGUGAGUCUCAGUUACGACCGAAUCUGGUGGCCAAGUAUGCCGGGCCCAAUUACCUGAUCAGCGGUAGAUUGAAGACAACAAACUGGGCCACCAAGCUGGCGGUCUAUCAUCAUUGCACCGACUUUCUGCAAACGGGCACCAUGGUCGAACUGAACCCGACCAGCUCGGUAGUUACUACCCGGUUGGCGUUUCGUAUUCUGUCCGACACGUCCGUGUUUCGGGCGGCCAUCGAUACAAACGGCAUCGUCAGUAGCCUGUGGGAGAAGCGGAUGGGCGAUCGGAUGGCCGUGUCGCUGAGUGCGUUCCUGAACCACGCGGUGCAGGACCACUACGGAGUGGGCAUAGGUCUGUCAUUCGAAUAA